UUUAAUUUUGUUUUCUUUUAAAAGGAACUGAGAAAAACAAACAGCGUCAAUGAAUGGGUUGACGGUCCCUCUCAGCUUCACAUUACUUGCAACGUAGCUAAGCAAGAUGCAGUCUGUAACUGAAAAUGGAGAUCCUUCUUCUGGAAAACAAAAUGAGGAGAAAACAUAUAAAAAGACUGCAUCCUCAGCUAUUAAAGGUGCCAUACAACUGGGAAUAGGCUACACUGUGGGUAACCUCACCUCUAAGCCAGACAGAGAUGUUCUUAUGCAAGACUUCUAUGUAGUAGAAAGUGUAUUUCUUCCCAGGGAAGGGAGCAAUCUGACCCCUGCUCACCAUUAUCCAGACUUCAGAUUCAAGACGUAUGCUCCUCUAGCUUUCCGUUACUUCAGAGAACUUUUUGGUAUUAAGCCUGAUGACUACUUGUAUUCAGUUUGCAGUGAACCUCUGAUAGAACUAUCCAACCCUGGUGCCAGCGGAUCCUUGUUCUUUGUCACUAGUGAUGAUGAGUUCAUAAUCAAAACAGUUCAACACAAAGAAGCUGAGUUCCUUCAGAAGCUGUUGCCUGGCUACUAUAUGAAUCUGAACCAGAAUCCAAGGACACUGUUACCAAAGUUUUAUGGACUCUAUUGUGUUCAGUCAGGAGGUAUUAAUAUCAGGAUAGUUGUGAUGAACAAUAUUCUGCCUCGAGUACUGAAAAUGCAUUUCAACUAUGACUUGAAAGGCUCCACGUACAAAAGGAGAGCAUCCAGGAAAGAGAGGGAGAAGUCUAAUCCUACCUUUAAAGAUUUGGAUUUCUUGCAAGACAUGCAUGAAGGAUUAUAUUUUGACUCAGAAACAUACACUGCACUGAUGAAAACACUACAGAGGGAUUGUCGAGUGCUGGAAAGCUUUAAAAUAAUGGAUUAUAGCUUGCUGCUUGGAAUCCACAUAUUAGACAGUGCUGCAAAAGAGAGAGAAGGCGAGAGCUCUCAGAAUGUAUCUGAUUCUAAACGUCCAGGAGGUCAGAGAGUUCUUUAUUCUACUGCUAUGGAAUCCAUACAGGGUCCAGGAAAAACUGGAGACUGUGUCAUCACAGAAAGUACAAACACACUGGGAGGCAUACCUGCUAAAAGCCACAAAGGAGAAAAACUGCUGCUAUUCAUGGGCAUUAUUGAUAUCCUGCAGUCUUACAGGUUAAUAAAGAAGUUGGAACAUUCCUGGAAGGCACUUGUUUAUGAUGGGGACACAGUUUCAGUCCACAGACCAAGUUUCUAUGCUGACAGGUUUUUAAAGUUUAUGAGUUCAAGGGUAUUCAAAAAAAAUCAGGCUUUAAAAUCCUCUCCCUCCAAGAAACGAUGCAAUUCCAUUGCUGCUCUAAAAGCAACAUCACAAGAAUUUGUGUCUGCUGUUAGCCAGGAUUGGAAAGAUGAAAAGCGUGACUUGCUUACAGAAGGACAGAGCUAUUCUAGUCUUGAUGAAGAAGUCUUAGCUUCGCAACAUCGGCCAGACUUAGUGCCAAGCACCCCGUCCCUGUUUGAAGCAGCUUCUUUAGCAACCACAAUUUCUUCUUCUUCCCUGUAUGUAGAUGACAGUUACCAACAUGAUGGAACUAGGCUUUAUUCUAACAGUAAAGGAUUGCCUUCAAGUUCAACAUUCACCUUAGAAGACAGUGCUAUCUACUUGACUUCAGAACAGAGCACAGUAGAGACAGAGAAUGAUAAUGCUUCUGUGCUGGACGUAUACUUAGUUUUCAAACCUGAUGCCAGUGUGCCAACAUCAGAAACUGUUAAGGUGUGUCAUUAUGACAUCUUGCAUGGUCCACUGGGUUUCAGAGAAUGCACCAAUGUAGUUUGUGUAAGAAAAUACACAUAA